GGAUUUCAAAAAUCCAAAACUAGUUUCAGACUAGGCUUUCUGAAACUAGCUUCCGAUAGGUUUCAUUUCGAGCCAGGUCUGGUCCGCCCUGCUGAUCAAAUACGAAGUGAUUUAUGGUCUGAUCUG